UAAAAGAAAUUUAAAAAACAUUUUCUGCGGAACUACAAAAUGGCGGACUCCAUGAUUGAAAACGUGUUUUUCUCAUUCGUCCCCUCAUUUUGCGGCGGUUCGGCGUCAAAAUCGGGUCUUAAACAGCUUGUUGAUAUUGCUGAAGACAACAAACUAUUUUCUUUGCAGAAACCAGGAAAACUACAUGAAAUUAUUGGUCAUAUCAACACUUGUCUGAACUCAACAAAGCAAAGAUUGGAAGGAUUGUUGUUGCUUGAUAAGGUAUUGGAACAAUGUGUGACCGGGGUUUUCACACAGAAUGCACUUACUUGGAUUCGAUUCAUGAUACAGAUUUUCCAGUCACAUGACCCUCCAAGUAUACAGCGUCUGGCAUGUCAUGUUUGUGGGAAAAUUCUGGGCAUUGUCAGUGACUUUACAUCCUUGAGCCGUGAGGUUACCUCCCUUGUGCCACAGAUCAUCUCUGCCCUGCUUCUGGCUCCCACAGAGUGGAGAAAUGAAGCAUGCCUCUGUAUCAACAGUUGUAUACUUAACUAUCCAGGUCCCUGUGCUACAUUCAAGGGUAAGAUCGAUACAUUUGUGGUGAAGGAGCUUUCUACCGACUUAGUAUCUAAGGAAGUGGUACGAUGCUUUGCUUUGCUGAGUCGGUGCGGGGGUGGAGGGAACAUGGGACUGAAGCACACAGAGGGCUGGAGUGUCCAGCUUAACCGUGUGGUCAACGGUCUUCACACAGUGCUUGAUCUCCUCUACGAACAACUGGACACAGUUGCACCACCAAGGAAGGAGGAGGAUGGCUCUCGGGCCCUACCCCUGGGGGAAGUUCCAAUAUCGUACCCAGAUAGGUACCACAGCCUUGUCUCCAGGUACCAUGCCUACUGUAGCUGUCUGCAAGCCUUACUCAGUGAGAGUUUCCCAGCUCUGGUGAAGGUUCCAUCCCAAGCAAUCCUCAAUCUCAUCUGUAGAAUUUUGUCUGUUAAUUGUAAAACACUGACCUCUAGACCUUCUACACAGCAACUUUUGUUAGCCGGAUUUAUACCAUCAAUACACAAGGUGGCCAUCUCUCUUCUCCAGAGCCUCAUCAAAUGCUGUAAACGUCACCUGCUGCCACACACAAAGCUUGUGCUGACUCUUCUUGUACAGGAACUAAUCUGGAGCCAUGCCACACCUAACUACGGACAGACAGGCCCCUACAGUGAGCUGAGGAAGACUGUUUACAGCUGUCUAACUCAAUGGUUCCAAGUGUCAUACACCUUCGUAGAGACGACCACGGAAGACUCUGCCUUGUGUGAGGAAAUUUUACAUGAUGCUGGAAUGCAAUUUGACACACUAAAGCUUUCCAGUGGUGCUGGAGAUGGUACCAGUAAGUCAGACUCACAACCUCCUCCUCGCAAGAAAAAGAAGAUAGGCUACCAGGAGAUAUCACAGGGUAUCAGCUCACAGAGGAAGAUUGACAGGUUGGCUGGGGCUGAUCUUGUCACCACAGCAUUAGAGGCUCUAUACUGGUGGCUCACAGCACUCGGACCUCAGUUGUCACACAAACUGUUACAGAGUAUACAGGAGUUUGCUAUUUCAACAUGCCUUGCAAUGUUCCAAAAGAAGAAAAACUCGGAGAUUCCAUAUAGUGACCCAUGCUGUAGACACCAGGUACUGAGGGUGCUGCUGGCAUGUUGUAUGAUACCUCACCCCUCAACACCCUCACCCCUCCACUGCUCUCUGGGGAUCUUCAGGAUGGGGCUCCAAGAUCAAUCCUGCAUGGUGAACAAGUUUUGCUUGGAGGCCCAGAGAGUUCUGGAAGUACUAAUACAUCCUCGUGCACCGUGUAUGAAAGCCCCAGUAGUGGUGACCCAGGUUCUAGCUGUUGGAAGCAGUAAGGACAACCAGACUGGUCAACGAUCAGACACAGAAAUGGAUGUUAAUAGUCAUCAUGACAAAUCUCUAGAUACUUUACAUCCAACAAAGCAACAAACAGAUUCCCAAAAGACGGCAUCAUCUCAUCAACAAACAUCACUUUUUCUUCAUUCUGUAAACCAUGUUGAAACAGGAGACUCUGGGAGUAGCAGUUUAUUUUCUAGGAAAACAAAUAAUAAUAUAUCUUCAAAUCUUCAAAAAGAAAGUAUAGUAUCCAAAACAACAAUACCUGAGAGGUCAUCUUCCACAUUCAGAAGUCCUAGUGAUGAAAUGGAGGCAUCAACUUCAGGUCAAGGAUACACAAUACAAGACUCGGUGAUGAUGGAAGAGGAUGAUGAAUCUUCAAAAAGUGAGUUGUACACUGAAAUGGAAGUUAACGUUGACAACAGCACUCCUGUGGUGGAGGUUGGCAUUGACAACAGAACUAGUGUGGUUGAGGUUGGUGUUGAGAGCAGUACUAGUGUAGUAGAGGUUGGUGCUAACAGUAGGACUAGUGUGGUGGAGGAUGACACUGAGACAGGGGUCAAAGAGUGCACUAGUGAUACCAAGAAGGAAAAGGACACGGCUGUCCCAGACCCGACUGGAGAUUCCCAUGAUACCAUAGUUUUUAAGGACAUCAGAGAAAACUGUGAUAGGAAAGAGGAAGGGAAGAAGGAAGAUCAGGCUGAUACUGAACUGGUUUCAAUGUUGUCAUCAUUUGUCAAUACUGCAACAGACAGUGGAGAUGAUCAGAAUCAGUAGCUGGAUACAUUCUGCCUCCUCAGAAAUUACCACUACAUAUCUACAACACUGUUACACCCAAUUUCUCUAGAACUUAUAAAGCCACCAAAAUUGUAGACUGGUCCUGUUUCUCAAGAAUAUUGAAAUUAUAAAUAGAAUUAAGCUUUAUGAUUUCCUUAAAAUUUCUGAUUCUAAGUUUCAAACUUGUGGAGAUAAUAUUGUAUUGGAAUUUGGCAGAGCAAUGUUUAAUAAAAAAAACUUUAAGGCUUAUGGCGAGUCUACCAAAAUUGGUGUAUACCCUAGGCCUGUAGCUAAAACAAAGAAUGCAAAACUUGAAUUGGGCUGAAAAUAGACAUUUGAUUCACUUUUUGGAUUAAAAACAUUAAACUUUGUUGGAUUUUGAGAAUUGUCAAUCAAGGAGCUUUUCAAAUGUGUUUUAAAUUGUGGACACAUCAACAAUAAACAAUGUAUAUUUACAUAUAACAUAAUUUAUGCUUUUCAAUCAUUCACAACUAAUGGAAGUUAUUACAUAAUAAGCUCACCUGGUCCAAAGGACAAAGAUGAGCAUAUGCCAUACCCCAGUGUCCAUCUGUCUGUCUGUGCAUCCCUCAACAAUGACAAUGUUUGAUGAAACCUUGUAUGCAGUCAGAUAUCAACAAGAUCUGGUACAAGCUGGAAAAUGUGAAUUAUUUAACAGUAACUUACAGAGUUGUUGCCCUUUGUAAUAAUAUAAUUAUUGGACCUUGUGAAUGCGAUUUCUGGAGUAAAUAUUCACCAAGUUUAAUGAAA